UCCAGCGCUCCGUCCAAGGCUCUGCACACAUGUCGGUCGAAGAAAAAGCCCAUUCCACCGAAAUAUGAAGUCGGAGAUAUCGUCUGGGCAAAAUUCAACCGACGGACGUGGUGGCCCAGCAGAAUCUGUUGCGACCCAAUCCUCAGCACUCACUCCAAAAUGAAAGCUUCCACCCGGAGACCUUAUCGGCAGUACUACGUGGAGGCCUUGGGCGAAACGUCCGAGCGGGCGUGGGUGGCCGGAAAAGCCAUCGUGCUCUUCGAAGGCCGGCAUCAGUUCGAAGAGCUGCCCGUCCUCCGGAGAAGAGGCAAGCAGAAGGAGAAAGGCUACAGGCACAAGGUCCCCCAGAAGACCUUGAUGAAAUGGGAAGCCAGCGUCCAGCUGGCCGAACAAGGCCUGCCCAAGGCCACGCACGACGGACAGGGCGGGCCCGACCUCGGGGCCAAGGCGGACGGUGAGGACCUGCCCCCCGAGGCCCGGCCCGAAGGGUCCCGGCCCGAGUUGGAGCCGGAGUGCGUGCUGAACGGCUGCCUGCAGACCCUGACCCUCGGCCCCCCGUCCGCCGUGGGUGACCGGGUCAAGCCCCCCGGGAGGCCCCGCCCCGGGAAGGGCCCCGAGGGCCGCAAGAGGGCCGGCCCGAAGAAGAGCCGUCAGCAGGGCGGGGCCCGCCGAGAGGAGCGCCGGGAGGAGCGGCGUGAUGGAGGCGGCCUGAGCUUCGGGGCCGGGCCUGGGGCCGAGGCGGAGAAGCAGGCCUCGCGGGAGCUGUGCCGCAUCGCCAGCAGCCUGACCGUGGCCGGUGGCCCCGCCGUCCAGACCUACCUGUUCUCUUCCUUCGGGAAAACCGCCCCGAAGGGGGAGCCCAGGGGUCCGAGCGGCGGGACCCUGGCGGGGACGGGCACGGGCGGACCCCCACCGGAGAGCGCCUCGGGGGCGCCGCGGGGCCGCCGCGCCGGGGACGACUCGGCCAGCUCCCGGACGGCCUCCGAGGACGAGAGCAGCGGCCCGGACCCCAGCGGGUCGGACGAGGACGGCGACGGCGGCCCGCCCCCGCGAAGGCCCGCAAAGAGAGGGGACGCCCCGAGGUGGCCCGGGCCCCCUUCCAAGAACGCCCGCGUCCGGGCACGCAAGAAGCCCCCCGACGCCUCGGACGAGGACUCCCCGGCCCGCCCGCGGGCCAAGCCCUCCAAGCAGCUCAAGGCCCGGACCCCGAAAUGCAAACCGGGGAUGCGGCCCCCGGACGAGGACCGUGGCGGGAGGGGCUCGCUGAACAUCCCCUCGGGCCCGGGCGACGGCCCCGAGCUGCCCAGCCCGGGGCGCGAGAAGGCGCGCGACUCUUCGGAGAUCGAGACGGCCGUGGUGAAGCACGUUCUCUCGGAACUGAAGGAGCUGUCCUACCGGUCCGGGGGCCAGGACCCUGCCACCCCGGGGACCCCCCCAAAAAACCCCAAGCCCCUGCUCUUCGCCUCGGCCCCCGGCCAGGUCCGCCCGCCCCUGGAGCCGGAUUACAAGUUCAGCACCUUGCUGAUGAUGCUCAAGGACAUGCACGACAGCAAGACCAAGGAGCAGCAGUUGCUCGCCGCUCAGAACGCCCGCCCCUUCCGCGGGCCCGGCCUCGCCGAGUCAGCCGCCUUCAAGCCGGACCGCAACGGAGAGGGUCGCGGGGGCCCCGGGCGACCGGCCCCAGCGGGCGAGGCCCCGGCUGGCAGGAGGGAGCCCGGCGGGGCGGGCCGAGCCGGGGCCAACUGCGUGGCCAGGCGCCCCUGUGCCCGGUCGAAGCUGCACGGGAAGGCGUCGGUGGGUGCCCCCCCGGGGGCGGGCAAGGAGGGGAAGCCGGACAGGCGAGCCAAGGCGGGGCGGGGGCCCGGCUUCGACCACGGGGCGGGACCGGACGGCCGAGGCGCGGGCAGGGGGCCGGCGGGCCCCGAUAGGAGGGCGCCCCCAGGGGCCCCGGCCGACCGCGGGGCCCUCCCCGGUCACAGGCCCGAGGCCGGGGGGAAGCGGCUGGGGACCGAGCGGGAGGCAGAGUAUCGCCGCACCUCCCUGGAGAACGGGGAGGGCCCGGAGCCGGACUCGGAGAUGACCAGCGAGAGCUCCCUGAGCGACGGCUCGGCCGACGCCAACCCCGUGGCCCCCAAGAAGCGCUGGCAGCGAUUCAACCAGGGCGGGGCCGAGGCGGGCAAGCGGCUCGACCUGCCCGGGCCCGGAGAAUCCCUCGGCGGCCUCUUCGGGGGUCUGCUCCCCUGUGACUUCCUCCGGGGGCCGCUCACCCCUUCGGGGGCGCCGGAGGAGGAGGAGGAGGAGGAGGCCCGGGCGGCGGUUGGCGAGCCCGGGCCCCGGGCGGACGGAGCCAAGAAGCCAAACGGCGGCAGCGGCAGCGAAGGAAAGCGCGGAAGCUCGCCGCUCUCCGCCCCGAUCCCCCCGGCCGAGCCGUCGGGGCAAGUUGCACUCUCGGAGAAGAAACGUCUCAGGAAACCCAGCAAGUGGCUCUUGGAAUAUACAGAAGAAUACGAUCAGAUAUUUGCCCCCAAGAAGAAACAGAAGAAGAGUCAGGACCACUUGCACAAACUGAAAUCCCUCGAAAAGCCGGAAGUUAAGGCGGAGGAGGGCACUUCGGCAACCCAUUGCCGACCCAGCUCGGAUGUCCGGCGGCAGCAGCAGCAGGCAGCGGAGCACCCCCCGAUCCUGGAACGCGAGGCGCCGUUUCUGGAAGGCCCCUUGGCCCAGACUGAGGUCGGGGGCGGGCACGCUGAGCUGCCCGAGCUGACCCUGUCGGUGCCCAUGGCCCCCGUGGCCGUCGUCCCCCCCUGGCCCCCGCUGGAACCCGAGGACCCCUUAUUGAAAACAGGGAACUAUGGGAGCAAACGUCAGAGGAAGCCAACGAAAAAGCUCCUUGAAUCCAACGAUUUGGACCCUGGAUUUAUGCCAAAGAAAGGAAACCUGAUUCCUUCCAGAAAGUGCUAUGACGCUGGCCCCUUGGAAAAGGAGCGUUCUGAAUCUUGUCCCACAUCCCACUCUUUGGAGCUUGGCGAAGGGCCGGUCAAGCUCUUUGAGAAACAGAGGAAGCGGAAGCGGCAGGGGCACCCUCUAGCCACAGUGCAAUGUAAGAAAGAGAAAAACGAGGAUACGUCAAGGGAGACUCAAAACUCCGAGGGUGAGCUACCUGCACACGGGAUGGCGACCAGCCCCAAGGAGCCCCUAGAGGAGGGGGUGGAGCCCGACCACGGGCUGCCAGCCUCCAAAAAGAUGCAGGCGGAGCGAGGAGGAGGAGCGGCUCUCAAGGAGAACGUCUGUCAGAUCUGCGAGAAACUGGGCGAGCUGCUUCUGUGUGAAGCCCAGUGCUGUGGGGCUUUCCACCUGCAGUGUAUCGGACUGACGGAGAUGCCCCAAGGCAAAUUCAUCUGCAACGAAUGUAGCACAGGAGUCCACACGUGUUUUGUUUGCAAAGGGAGCGGGGAGAACGUGAAACGGUGCCUAUUGCCGUUGUGUGGCAAAUACUACCACGAAGCGUGCGCCCAGAAGUACCCGCCCACGGUCCAGCAGAACAAGGGCUUCCGCUGCUCCCUUCACAUCUGCAUGACCUGCCAUGCCGCUAACCCAACCAACCUCUCGGCUUCCAAAGGGCGCCUCAUGCGCUGUGUCCGCUGCCCAGUGGCCUAUCACGCCAACGACUUCUGUCUGGCCGCGGGGACCGUGGUCCUGGCCUCCAACAGCAUCAUCUGCCCCAACCACUUCACCCCGCGCCGAGGCUGCCGGAACCACGAGCACGUCAAUGUCAGCUGGUGCUUCGUCUGCUCGGAAGGGGGCAGCCUCCUCUGCUGUGAGUCCUGCCCCGCCGCCUUCCACCGCGAGUGCCUGAGCAUCGACAUGCCCGAGGGAAGCUGGUACUGCAACGACUGCAAGGCGGGCAAGAAGCCGCACUACAAGGAGGUCGUCUGGGUGAAAGUGGGGCGCUACCGGUGGUGGCCGGCCGAGGUCUGUCACCCACGGACCAUCCCUGUCAACAUCCAGAAGAUGAAGCACGACAUCGGUGAGUUCCCGGUCCUCUUCUUCGGCUCCAACGACUACCUGUGGACCCACCAGGCCCGCGUCUUCCCCUACAUGGAAGGGGACGUCAGCAGCAAGGACAAGAUGGGCAAGGGAGUGGACGGGACCUACAAGAAAGCUCUCCAAGAAGCGGCCCUGAGGUUCGAGGAGCUGAAGGCCCAGAAGGAGCUGAGGCAGCUCCAGGAGGACCGCAAGAAUGACAAGAAGCCCCCGCCGUACAAGCACAUCAAGGUGAACCGGCCCGUGGGCCGGGUGCAGAUCUUCACCGCCGACCUGGCCGAGAUCCCCCGCUGCAACUGCAAGGCCUCGGACGAGAACCCGUGCGGCGUGGACUCCGAGUGCAUCAACCGCAUGCUGCUCUACGAGUGCCACCCCGCCGUCUGCCCCGCCGGAGAGCGCUGCCAGAACCAGUGCUUCUCCAAGCGCCAGUACCCACACGUGGAGAUCUUCCGUACCUUGCAGCGUGGCUGGGGCCUGCAGACCAAGACUGACAUCAAGAAGGGGGAGUUCGUGAACGAGUACGUCGGCGAGCUGAUCGACGAGGAGGAGUGCCGGGCCCGCAUCCGCUACGCCCAGGAGCACGACAUCACCAACUUCUACAUGCUCACCCUGGACAAGGACAGGAUCAUCGACGCCGGCCCAAAAGGCAAUUAUGCCCGGUUCAUGAAUCACUGCUGCCAGCCCAACUGCGAGACCCAGAAGUGGUCCGUCAACGGGGACACGCGCGUCGGCCUCUUUGCCCUGAGUGACAUCAAAGCGGGGACCGAGCUGACGUUCAACUACAACCUGGAGUGUCUGGGCAAUGGGAAGACAGUGUGCAAGUGCGGCGCCCCCAACUGCAGCGGCUUCCUCGGUGUCCGGCCCAAGAACCAACCCAUUGUGACCGAGGAGAAGUCCAAGAAGCUGAAGCGGCGACACCAGGCGAAGCGGCGGCCCCAGGGGGAAGUGACCAAGGAGCGGGAGGACGAGUGCUUCAGCUGCGGGGACGCGGGCCAGCUCGUGUCCUGCAAGAAGCCGGGCUGCCCCAAGGUCUACCACGCCGACUGCCUCAACCUGACCAAAAGGCCCGCAGGGAAAUGGGAGUGCCCCUGGCACCAGUGCGACGUGUGCGGCAAGGAGGCGGCGUCGUUCUGCGAGAUGUGCCCCAGCUCCUUCUGCAAGCAGCAUCGCGAAGGCACGCUCUUCAUCUCCAAGCUGGACGGGCGUCUGUCCUGCACCGAGCACGACCCCUGCGGGCCCAACCCCCUGGAACCUGGCGAGAUCCGCGAGUACGUGCCUCCCCCCGGGCCGCUCCCGCCCGGGGCCGCCGCCCAGAGACCGCAGCCGCCCGACCGGCCGGAAGGGGCCGGGCCUCCCGGCGGAGCGGGCCAGGGGCCCCCGCCCCCGCCGGACAGUGCGCCCGCCGCCACGGACCCCGACCCGCGGCCGCCCGGCCGGACCCCGGGCCCGGAGGAGGAGGAAGAGGAGGGGCCGCCGCCGGCCCUCGCCGACCACCCGUGGCCGCCCGCCAGGCCCCCGGGGAAGGAACCCCUCGCGGAGCAGGAGGCCGACCCCGCCGAUGGUCUGGCCGAGCCCGGCCGCCGCCUGGCGGUCCCACUGACUGCACCGGCGGGCCAGACCCCCGGGAAGACCUCGGCGCCGGGGCGGGGGUCGCCGGGGCCGGCGCUCUGGGCCCCGGGCAAGCUGAGCCCCGGGCCCGCCGGGCCCAUCCAGACGUUGGCGCAGACUUGGCGGCCGGACGGGAGUCCGCAGACGUUGGCACAGACUUGCCGGCCCCCCGCAAGAGGGCCGGCCCCCGCGGGGCAGAACGCUUUGUGUGAACAGAAGGCAGGGCUGGCGCUCGGCCAGGAUCCCUCCGGCCCGGAGCCCCCAGAGCCCGCGCAGAAGUGA